AUCAUCGACCGUGUACCAGGGCUGAGGCACAUGGUGCGGUCGCUGCAUGUCUUCAAGCAUGGGAAGGAGCCAGCCAAGGUCAUUAAGGAAGCACUGUCCAAGGCACUUGUCAAGUACUACCCUUUCGCCGGGCGGUUCAUCGACUCGGAGCAUGGUGAUGUUCGCAUCGCUUGCACCGGCGAGGGUGCUUGGUUUGUCGAGGCUACAGCGAAUUGUAGCCUCGAAGACAUUAAGUACCUCGACCACCCCCUAAUGGUGUCUCAAGAUGAGCUCCUCCCAAACCCUAGCCUGGAGAUAGAGCCCCUUGAUCUGCCUUUGAUGAUGCAGGUAACAGAAUUCACCUGCGGCGGAUUCGUCGUGGGCCUUAUCUCCGUCCACACCAUCGCCGACGGCCUCGGCGCAGCUCAGUUCAUCAACGCCGUCGGAGAGUUUGCUCGCCGCCUAGCCAAGCCCACUGUCGAGCCGGUCUGGUCCCGGGAACUCAUCCCCAACCCACCCAAGCUCCCUCCUGGACCCCCACCAGCCUUCCCCUCCUUCAAGCUCCAGUACUCCACCAUGGACAUCUCUCAGGACCGCCUCAGCCAGGUCAAGGCCCAGUUCUUCGAGCAGACCGGCCAGAGAUGCUCCACCUUCGACGCCGCCAUUGCCAAGACCUGGCAGGCUCGCACCCGGGCCAUCAAACUGGACGCAGACGUCGACGUGCAUGUCUGCUUCUUCGCCAGCACUCGCCACUUGUUGCACCAGGUAUUGCCUGCAGAGGGUGGCUACUACGGCAACUGCUUCUAUCCAGUGACCGUCACCGCCGCUAGCGGUCGAGUGGUGUCGGCGGAGCUCGCCGACAUUGUGAAGAUAAUCCGGGAUGCGAAGGCUAGGCUGCCUGCCGACUUCGCCAAGUGGGCGGCCGGAGACUUCAUGGAGGAUCCUUAUGAGCUCUCAUUCACAUACGACUCGUUGUUUGUCUCAGACUGGACUCGGCUGGGCUUCCUUGAGGUCGACUAUGGCUGGGGGAUGCCCAUCCAUGUCAUACCUUUUGCUUACUACGAGUUCAUGGCGGUGGCCAUCAUUGGAGCACCACGAAAGCCCAAGAAUGGUGCUCGGUUGAUGACGCAGUGCGUCGAGAAGGAGCACUUGGAAGCCUUCCAAGAUGAGAUGAAGACCUUCUGAACUUGCACUAAGAAGUGCAGUCCUUCUAGAAAGAUUCAAGUGCGUAUGAUGUGGGCAUUCGACAACAAUUUGUAGUUAUUCUAUGGUUCUUCAAUUAUCUACUAAGAGUGUGAUUUGUCUUGAGUCUUACUACUAGAAGAGUGUUGUGAAUUGAAUCAUGUUAUUUGAAUAAAGGUUGCAGGGGUUCGAGUUGGAAGCAUAGGUCAUGCCAUUUAUUUAACAUGUCUUCUUUUUCAUU